AUGGCUGCACAGUCAGUGCCAAAAGUUGUGCUAAAAAGCACCACCAAGAUGUCUCUAAAUGAGAGCUUUACUAAUAUGCUGAAGAACAAACAGCCGAUGCCAGUGAAUAUUCGGGCUUCGAUGCAGCAACAGCAGCAGCUAGCCAGUGCCAGAAACAGAAGACUGGCCCAGCAGAUGGAGAAUAGACCCUCUGUCCAGGCAGCAUUAAAACUUAAACAGAAGAGCUUAAAGCAGCGCCUGGGUAAGAGUAACAUCCAGGCACGGUUAGGCCGACCAAUAGGGGCCUUGGCCAGGGGAGCAGUCAGAGGACAAGGCCUACCCAUUAUCCAGAGAGGCUUGCCCAGAGGAGGACUUCAUGGGGGACGUGCCACAAGAACCCUACUUAGGGGCGGGAUGUCGCUCCGAGGUUGGGGUAUGAUAGGUCGGGGAAGUGGGGGCUUUGGAGGCAGAGGCCAGGGCCGUGGACGACAGAGAGGUGCCUUUGCUCACCCUGUAUUGACUAAGGAGCAGCUGGACAACCAAUUGGAUGCGUACAUGUCGAAAACGAAAGGACACUUGGAUGCUGAGUUGGAUGCCUACAUGGCUCAGACAGAUCCCAAAACCAAUGAUUGA